AUGCCACCUUCUAAACUUGCCCUUAAAAUCGGAUGUCCUAUUAUCCUUCUUCGCAACCUUGCUUCUUAUCAGGGUCUUUGCAAUGGCUCCCGCUUAGUUGUAAGUCAUCUUACAGAUCAUGUCAUUGAAGCACGUAUCCUUAGUGGAAACUAUGCUGGAAAAUUAGUUUUUAUUCCUCGCAUUACUUUAACACCUUCAACAGCAAACCUACCAUUUGUUUUUAAACGAAGACAGUUACCAAUUCGCAUUGCAUUUGCUAUUACUAUAAAUAAGUCUCAGGGCCAAUCACUAAAGCAUGUUGGCCUAGAUCUUUGA